CAGCGGGAUAAAAGGGCAGCCACAAAUGAGCGUUCUCGGGGAUGACUUGUGGGCGGAAGAAGAGGAGGCCGAGGAGGGAGGGGAAGGGGAGGGGGAGGAUGGGGGCGGAGACUGGACGCACCAGCUGCGCCUGGAGCAGGAGUUUUUGCGCGGGAAGGCGCAGGACAGGGAGCGCGAGCGGGAGAGGCGGCGGGGGGCGCAGAGGGACAAGGCGGGAGAAAAAGAGCGCCCGGGACAACAGCAGGGAGAGGGGGAGGGGAAGGUUAACCAGGAGGGAGUUGCGCCCGGCGCGGUUGGUCUCGGGGCGGAGGGGGAGGGGAAGGCGGAGGGGGAAGGGGAGGCGGAAGCCGGCGCUGCCACUGGCGGAGCUCCCGCAGGCGCUGAUGAUCAGGAGCUGGCGGAAAGGGAGAAGGAGCAGGCGGGGAGGGAGCGUUUGGAGAGGGAGAGAAGGGAACGCGAAAGGAUGGAAAGAGAGAGGGUGGAGAGGGAGCGCGUGGACAGGGAACGGCUGAGGAGCCAGCAGAAGCUUCUAGAAGAGGCGAUAGUGGAGAUGAAACGCAUGAGGGGAGAGCAGAUCGCGAUGGGGCGGGAGCUGAGGCGCGCGCGGAACACCAAGGAGGCGGUCAAGCAGGCAUUCGGGGAGAUGAAAAAGCAGGUGGUCGCGCAGGAGCACAUGCUGGCGCAGGCGCGCGUGCAGCUGUCGCUGCUGGAGGGAGUCAACAAGGCUCAGACGGAGGAGAUUUCGCGCCUCUGGAUGGCCGCCACUCAGAAUCAACCCGGGCUCGCCCCUAUCACGGGCCUGGCUGCUCCCCCUGGUACCGUCAUGGGGUCUGAUACGCGGUUCUUUGCUGCUUGUGCUGGUGUCCGCACCCUCCUGCAAAUUGCAUGGAGCCCUGCUAACAACAUUGGCGCGCUUGCCAAGGCGAAGUUUAAAGAGGCUAACGGGGGGAUGGCGCCGGGCCAUCCGGGGGACAUGCAGUGGGAGGAUGUUCUUAAAGCCCUGGAGGAGUAUAUCCGGCUGGGGUCGCUGGAAUUUGCCAAGUACCAGCUCAUGUUUGGCUUUAAGGAGAAGGCAGUGUACCGCGCCCGAAGCAGAUUGCAGGACGGGCGGACCCAAGCCAUGCUGCUAGCCGAGGCACAUGAUGAGGCUCGGCAUCAGCUGAUGGAAGGGACGCUGGAGUUUGAAGCGCAUGCUUUGGCGUCUUCUGUGGCGACCAGCAUAAGGAGUCUUCUGGGAACUGUUAAGGACGAGAAGCAAGAGGAUGAGGACGAGGAGGCAGCAGUUCAGUCUCUGAUUGCGUCGGCCGAGGCUAAUGCGCAGAACACAGCGAGGGAAGCGGAGAGAGAGGUGAUUCAGGCGCAGGCGAACGCUGCUGCUGGUCUCCCGCCUGCCGCUGACCCUGCUGCUGGCGCUGCUGGCGCUGCUGCUGCUGCGGGUGUUCCUGGGAGUGUGGGUAUGGACGGUGGUGUUGGGUUGGAUGCGGUGGACGCUGCAGGGGAGAUGGGCCCAGGGGGGGAGGGGGAUGGGGUGAUUCGGCGGAAGCCUGGGCGGCCGCGGGGAGGGGGGGCUGCGCUGGCGAUAGGGAAUGGGGAUCUCCCCGCGCUCUCCCGCCCUUUGGAAGUUUAUGCGAAAAUGGUGCAAUACGGCCGAUAUCUGCUUUCUCACCGCGUACCAGGAUGGGAACCAUAUUACCUCAACUAUAAGUCGUUGAAGAAGGAAAUUCGAGCCUAUGAAGCGGCCGUGGCGUCGGGGGUCACAGAGGAAGAUGUUCAGCAAGACAUGGCGCGUCGCUUCUCAGAGCGUCUCGACUCGCAGAUGGAAAAGGUGGUGCUGUUCUUCUUGGAGCAGCAGGGCGUGCUGGCGGGAAAGCUCCAACGGCUACGAGAGCAGAGGGAAGGGUCAAACACGCGCGGAGACGAGUCCGGCCUGGCGAUCGUCAUGUCGUCCGACUUUAGCGACAUGAUGGAACAGUACAGAGACGUUGGGAGGGAGCUGCUGCAGCUGCUGCAGUUCGUGGAGAUGAACGCCACGGGGCUGAGGAAGAUCCUGAAGAAGUUUGACCGGCGUGUGGGCGUGAGGCUGGGCCACACGUACAUUGCCUCGCGCACGCUGCACCCCUACUCGCACCUGCAGCAGAUCUUCAAACAAGUGGGUUUGGGUGCCAUGGUGGGGACCAUUAUUCGCAACCUGGACGAGCUGCACCGCAGGGAGCGCUGCUUCUCCUCGCCCUCCAAUCUCCUCUCGCCGCGUGCCGGCACGCCCAGACGCACGUCUUUCUCGCUCUUCAGGCAGGGGGACGAGUCACCAGUGUACGUGGCUCAGGAGGAGCCAAUCAUUCAGGAGAUCGAGGCAGCGCGGGCCAAGCUGACAGACGCAGUGAGCUACAGCACGUACAUGGCCAAGGGGCUGCUGCUGCCUCCCGCCCCUGAGAGAGGGCCCGAGGCAGGGGAGCCGGAGUUCCACUGGUGGUCGCUGCAGCUCAACCAGUUCAACACCUUCCUCUACAUGGUGAACUACUACAUUAUCGUUCCGACCUCAGACGAGUACGCUGUCCUCCUCUCCGCCCCGCCUGCUCUCUGUGGCAUCAUCAUCGGCGCCACUCCUCUCUGCGCCCUCGUCUCAGCCUUCAUCUUCAGCAAGUGGUCCAACACGUCCUACACGCAGCCUCUGCUCGUCUCCACAAUCGUUUUGCUGCUUGGGAAUUUCGCCUAUGCGGCCGCUCUGGAUUUCAACUCUGUGGCUCUGUUGCUCAUUGGCCGGUCACUCACUGGGCUAGGAGGGGUGCGGGCAAUCAACCGCCGGUACAUAGCCGAUCACGUACCGUCCUCCGAACGAACCUCAGCCUCGGCGGGGUUCGUGAGCGCGGGCGCCUUAGGCAUGGCAGCAGGGCCGUUCGCGGCCUCCCUCAUCGACUUCCUCAACUUCAAGUUCCUCGGCUUCACCGUCAACUCCGUCACCUCCCCCGGCUGGCUCAUGGUGCUCUCCUGGCUGCUCUACCUCCUGUUUGUCGUGCUUUUCUUUAAGGAGCCGGACCGGACACACCUGCAGCCGCCGGUGCCGGCAGGGGGAGUGGCGGGGGUGAAACGGGAGAAGUCUGGAGGGGAUUUGAGGAGGCGAGGGUCGAAAGAGGCUGCGUUGGGAGGGAACUUGAAGAGGGGGGGUUCGAAAGAAGCGGCACUUGGAGGGUUGGGAGCGGCGGGUGUGAACGGGCCGGACAUUGACGAGGGCGAGGACGAGGAGGACGAGGAUGAUGAUGGGGCAUCGUCCACUGGGGCGGUGGAGACGCUGCCAGAGCUCAUGAAGGAGUUGUCGCGACCCAUCUCGGUCCUCCUCUUCAUGUACUUCAUGAUCAAAUUCGCCACAGAGGUGCUUAUAUCGGAGUCGAGCCUCAUCUCCAAGUUCUACUUUCAAUGGACCAUCAACGAUAUUGGUUGGUUUCUGGGUCUCCUGGGCCUCACGGUUCUGCCCAUCAGCUCUGUGGUUGGGAAUUACAUCACCAACAUCUAUGAGGACAGGCUGGUGAUCAUGUGGACGCAGGGUCUGAUCGCAAUUGGGGUGAUAGCCGUGAUGUGUUUCGCGCCAAUCAUCAAGUACACCACACAGCAAUACAUUGUUGCUGCGGUCAUCAUCUUUGUCUCCUGCAACGUGCUCGAAGGGGUUUCUCUUUCGCUAAUGUCGCGCAUUAUGUCGCCACGCCUUGCAAGAGGAACCUCCGUCGGGAUCAUCAUGAUCAACAAACAAGUCAUGUCAGGAUAUGGCUUCAGAUUUGCUUCGACGUUGACGGGUCUGCAUUUCGCCGUGACGGCUCUGGUCGGGAUGGCGUCAGCUGCGCUGGGAUACCUGAACAGCAAGAACACGGUUCCGCUGUGGGAGCUGAUUUGGUUCUCCAUUGUUGCGAAUCUCUCCAUCGUCGCCAUGAAUCUCAGCCUUAUGCUCAACACCGUCGGAUUCUACCAGAUUGCCAAGCUGAGCAUCAUUCCAGUGGUCUGCUUCUUCGAGGCUCUCCUCCAUGCUAAGUCCUACUCCCGGGAGGUCAAGUUCUCCGUGGCCGUGGUCAUGGUUGGCGUGGGUGUGUGCACCGUCACUGACAUCAACAUGAACGCCUUCGGCUUCAUCGCCGCCACUGUCGCCGUCAUCAGCACGUCGCUCCAGCAGAUCUUCAUCGGGUCGCUGCAGACCAAGUACAGCAUAGGCUCCUUCGACCUGCUCAGCCAAACGGCUCCCAUUCAGGCUGCGCUGCUCCUGCUGCUCGGCCCCGUUAUUGACUACUUCCUUAUCUCGCAAUCCAUUUUGAAAUACCAACUCACAUGGGUCUCCGCGAUUUUCAUCGGCCUCUCAUGCUUCUUUGCGGUCUUCUGCAAUCUCAGCCAGUACCUCUGCAUUGGAAAGUUCUCAGCGACGUCCUUCCAGGUCUUGGGUCACAUGAAAACUGUCCUGGUUCUUGCCAUGGGCUUCCUCAUCUUCAGCUCUCCGAUAACUCUGAAGAAUGUGAUGGGCAUGCUGAUGGCCGUGGUGGGAAUGGUUUUAUACAGCUGGGCUGUUGAGAAGGGCAAGAAAGAGAAGGAAGCAAGGGACAAGCUCCUGAGAUCUCCGGUGGUGUCUGCUGCUCUUCCGACCAAAUUGCCUGAUGAGGGGAUGGAGAAUGGUGAAAAGUUGGCACUUCUCUCUAGCAAUGAUGAUGUCGAAGCUGGAAGGCAAGGCUAA